AUGAUACUGAUGAAAACUCGCGCCGCCCAUCUUCCUGGGUGCCUUGACGAAAUGGCCUCGCGUUGGUCUGGAUUCACAUUGGAAUUAAAAUUAGAAGCUUUGUUCCCAAAGUCACCCACUCUCAAAAAUACUGUUCGGGUAGAAAACUUCGAGGAUGCAGCCGAUGUGACGGUCAACAGAUUCAUUUACAUUUGA